AUGAGAGCAUACUACCGCAGUGGGUGCAGCCCUGACAAGAUGCCAGCCUGGGAAGAUAUCAAGGCGGAGAUCGAGCGUUCUUCCGUCCAGGCAGCUCCGGCACGCCACCAUCCGGACGUACUGGCAUUGGAAAAUAGCUGGCUCCUUGCUCUGAUCCCUCCGAAAGAGACGACCAGGCGUCUCCUGCCCCCCAUCAAUGCCUGGGACCUGUACAAAGGUCCCACUUCCACCGAGAGAUCGAGAAAGAUUGACGAGAUGGGUCGAGAUUGGCUCGUGCAGGAACCUAAAGCCAUCAAAAAUGCUCGAGGAAACCCAUGCAAGAUCGAUCGACGUCCCAAAAAGCGGAGGUUGUCCAAUGCACCGCAAGAAGUCAUCGAUAAAUGGUUUAAGGGUUUCCCCAUUACCAUCGGCAGCAUUGCCGAUACGGAAGAGAAAAAUUCUCUAGUGCGUCGUCCAUGUCACACAUGGAAGGACGUCUGGGCAAACACCAUCAACCUAGGACAUCGAGAUCACCAAGGCUGA